GGCUUAUCUGUACUUCGCAUGAGAUCAAAACGUGUACUCGACCUUCCUCUCAACAUCAUCGCCGAAACGAACGAUUUACUGGUGGUUAAUAAGCCUCCAUCUUUACCUGUGCAUGCAUGUGGCCAGUACGCUAUACAUACAGUGUUGGGCCAACUUCGAUAUAACCACAAUCGAUCUGGGCUUCGAGUUCUGCAUCGCUUAGACAGAACAACUUCAGGUGUGCUGUUGUUCGCAAAAAAUUACGAAACCGAUGUUGAGGUAUUCUAUCUGAGAAACUGGGCUAAUCAAUAUCUCUCUCACAUGAUCACAGAAUUUCUCCAAUUCUUUUCCAGCGAAGAGGUCGAAUGUAACGAACCUAUUGGUGUUUUGGUUAUUAGUAUGGGCAUUCAAUGUGUGAGAGCCGAUGGAAAACCAGCUCGAAGUCUAUUCAAGAAGUUAUGGUCCGAUGGCAAACGUUCUGUGCUCUCUGUGAAAUUGUACACGGGUAGAACCCAUCAAAUUCGUGUGCAUGCUCAAUUUCUAGGUUAUCCCAUCGUUGGAGAUCAGCUAUACAAUUCCACCGUUUGGGGUCCUCAAAAAGGAAAAGGAGCGGAGUACUGCAAGUCAUAUAGCGAGUUAUGUGAUGAUGUACGUAAUGCUCAUAAGUGUUCCAAUUGGCACGAAACUAUUGAUCCGGAGUACGAGUUAAGGAUGGCAAAAAUGGCAGACGAAGAGGUAACAAUUCCUGCAACAAUCCACGUACCAUCUGUCCUGGAUCGACCGCUUUACGACCCAAUUUGUUUGAACUGUAAUGUGGUGAAGAGGGAGGUUCCACGUGAUCACUUCCAACUCUACCUUCACUGCCUUCGGUAUUCAACAGAGAAGUGGAGCUACAGUACACCAAUUCCAGAAUGGGCAAUUGAUGCAGAACAGUUGCCUAGCAUGAAACAUUGUGAUUUUCUUGGUAUUUAG